CUUCGCUGGUUCCCCAUUCUAUUUGUUUGUUCUUUGUGUGUUUCGAUUGCCCCAUUUCUUCUGCAACUAUCCUCCUCCUAAUCCUAGUCGCCUCCGUCCAUUCCUCUCAUUGUUUUUCUGUGUUUUAGAUGCCCUAUUUCUUCUCCCAAGUUCUUGCUUGGUCGGUCCCGACGCGAAUCUACUAACUAUUUUUUCUCGUGUUUGUUGGGAAAAUGAUUGAAUUUUAUCGGAAUUCCUCAAUUGAUUGGAAGCCGUCUCCUGUAGUAGCGCUAGCCUCCAGCGCCGAUGACUCUCAGAUCGCGGCAGCCCGAGAAGACGGCUCGCUCGAGAUUUGGCUGGUAUCUCCUGGUUCCGUCGGGUGGCACUGUCAGCUGAUGAUUAGUGGAGACACUAACUAUAGGGUUUCGUCACUUGUCUGGUGCUGUGCCGGUUUGAAAGAUAGCCCCUCUGGUCGCUUAUUUUCUUCCAGCAUCGAUGGUUCUAUUUCGGAGUGGGAUCUGUUUGAUUUGAAGCAGAAGACUGUUUUAGAAUCAAUUGGCGUCUCCAUCUGGCAAAUUGCUGCUGCACCCUGUAAUAGUCGUGGACUUGACAGGAAGGUAAAGGCCCAAGACAUGCAAAAUGGGCACUUAAUCGACAAUGAGAAUGGUUACCAAGAUUGUAGUGAGAGCGAUGAUGAUUCUAAUUCAUCCGAGCUUCAUGUGCAAUCUAGAGAUGAGAAUCCCUCUCUAGCAGUUGCUUGUGAUGACGGUUGUGUGCGUCUCUACAAUAUAGAUGCCGAAGAGUUUAUCUACAAAAGAUCGUUGCCUAGGGUCAGUGGUAGGGUUUUAAGUGUAACAUGGAGUAAUGAUGCAGAACGGAUAUUUUCUGGGAGCAGUGAUGGGUUUAUUCGAUGUUGGAAUGCUAGUCUCGGACACGAGAUCUAUAGGAUUACUGUAGGACUUGGAGGUUUGGGUAGUGGACCUGAACUUUGCGUAUGGUCAUUACUUUCCCUUAGGUCUGGUACCCUUGUCAGUGCAGAUAGUAGUGGUAGUGUGCAAUUUUGGGACAGUAAUCAUGGAACUCUUUUGCAAGCACACACCCUACACAAGGGUGAUGUGAACGCACUUGCAGCUGCUCCUAAUCAUAAUCGAGUGUAUUCUGCUGGCUCUGACGGUCAGGUUAUUCUCUACAAGCUCUCUAACGAGAAUGUUGCAUCUAGUGAAGACAAGUAUUCUUCUGAAGUGAUGAAGAAAUGGAUUUAUGUUGGUCAUGUGAGAGCUCAUACUCAUGAUAUUCGGGCUUUGACGGUAGCUGUACCAAUUUGUCGAGAAGCAGAGCUGUCUCAAGAUGAUGAGGUUAAAAGAGUUCGUCGUAAGAAGAAGCCAAAUGAUUUUAGCUAUCGUAAGUGGGCCCAUUUGGGAGUUCCGAUGUUAAUCUCAGGUGGUGAUGAUACAAAGCUGUUUGCAUACUCUGCUCAGGAAUUUACUAAAUUUUCUCCCCACGAUAUAUGCCCUGCACCGCAAAGGGUGCCUAUGCAACUAGUACUUAAUACAAUGUUCAACCAAGCACCAUUACUACUUGUUCAGGCUGCUCACUCUCUGGACAUCCUAUGUGUUCGCCCAAAAAGUGGUUCCUUUAGAGAUAUGGCUUGUGGCCCUUCUAAGGGACAUGCCCAGGCAGAUUUACUGGUUCGAGUUAAGAGCAAAGCAUCUCGAAAGAUUAUCUGCAGUUCUAUUUCCAACUCUGGCAAGCUAUUUGCGUAUUCUGAUCAUACCAAACCCAACCUAUUUGAAUUGAAGAAAUCUGGAGGAAGCAAAUGUUCGUGGACUGUUAAUCGAAGGCAACUUCCUCAUUCACUACCGUUUGCCCAUUCUAUGGUCUUUAGUUUUGAUUCUUCUCGAUUGAUCAUAGCUGGGCAUGAUAAAAGGAUAUAUGUUGUGGAUGUGGUCAGUUUGGAAGUCAUACAUAGUUUUACACCUUUCCGAGAGCUGCAGGAUGAUACAUUGCCUCCUGCUGAACCUCCUAUAACAAAAGUAUUUACAAGUUCAGAUGGGCAGUGGUUAGCUGCAGUCAACUGCUUUGGAGAUAUAUACAUUUUCAAUAUGGAGAUAAUGAGGCAACACUGGUUCAUUUCAAGGCUAGAUGGUGCCUCGAUUACAGCCGGAGGCUUUCCUCAAUGGAACAACAAUGUGCUUGUAGUUACUACUUCUUCAAAUCAGGUCUAUGCGUUUGAUGUUGAGGCCAAGAAAUUAGGAGACUGGUCGAUGCGGCAUACACAAGCUCUCCCAAAAAGAUUCCAAGAAUUUCCUGGGGAAGUAAUUGGUCUCUCUUUCCCGCCGUCUGCCACUUCUUUACCUGUUAUCGUAUAUAGUUCCAGGGCAAUGUGCUUAAUUGACUUUAGGAUGUCUGUGGAUCAAGAUGAUGAAUAUGUCAUGAUAAGUGGACAAGAUUCAGCAGUGAAGAAUUUACGGGGUACACCAACAAUAAAUGGGAAAUUGAAACGUAAGUUAAGAGACUGCCAAACAGAGGGUAGACUACAUGGUAGAAAGAAUUUUGAAAUUUUUCCUUUUAGAGAUCCUGUUUUGCUUAUUGGACACCUCUCCAAAAAUUCGCUCUUGAUUAUGGAUAAACCAUGGUUAGAAGUGGCUAACACUUUCGAUGCCGCACCUGUGCACAGACAUAUAUAUGGGACUUAAGUCCUCAUAUAAAAGGUGUUAUUUUUAGGAUAUAUUUGAAUGUUGGAAUCCACCAUUCUUUCUCUGACGUCUCUCGGUUUCUUACAAUUUUGUUCUGGGGAGGAGGGGUCAUCUAAGCGUCUAAAGCAGUGUUGUAUUGUAUUAUUGAAUUUUUUUUAUAACUUAAAGUAGUAGUUCUUUUAGUCUACGAAGUUCUUACAUUGGCCCUCCCCCCUCCCCCACUCCCCACCAAAGAAAUAAAAACACCCCAUCAAGGCAUAGUUCUUUCUC